AUGGCAGUGGGCCAAGUCGGGUUCAAGAAAGACAAACAGGUGAAAAAAGUGCAUGUUGAGACCCGGGUCAACGCUAUUAUUAAUCGUUUGAACAAAACGAAAACAGAGUCGUUUCCCGAUCUCCAGAAAGAACGGGCCGAUUACGAUAAAGAACAGGCACGAACCGAGGUCGAACGACGACAACAGCGAUUAAAGAAAGAAGCCAAAUUGGCCCGUGAAAGAAAAGAGCUUGCUCACCAGAAAAAGCACGCCUAUGACAGCAUGUUCGACGAGGAACAGGUGCGCCACUCGUCGAACCAGUUCCGACCCGACGACUGGGAAGACGAUUUCAUGUAA